GGAGAAGUCAUGACGUCACUGGUGGGUUCGGUACUGUUGGGCAACUGCAUUGUAUCCGGAUUUAUCGCUUCCAUAUUAUGUGACAAGCUGGGUUGUCGUCAGACAUGUGCUCUAGGCGCUGUGUUCACUGCAGCUGGACUUGGCGCAAGCUUCUUUGCCAAAAGCUGUGCGUUCCUCAUAGCCUCGUUCGGCAUAGUUACAGGUGCUGGCCUGAUUAUCAGUUACCUUGCCGUCCAGGUCAGUGUGGCCUACUACUUUCAGGAGAGACGACCAUUCGCCAUGGCCUUUAUUCAGGUGGGGUCCAGCGUCGGACAGGUGGUCGUCGCUCCACUUACACACUAUUUUGUGGAUGAAUACACCUGGCGAGGAGCCAUGUUGUUACUGUCUGCUAUCAGUUUACACCUGUUGGUAGUGGCAGCUUUACUGCGGCCUCACAGAAAAGAGCACCUUCAUAAGAAACUUAAAACUGGCGUCCUGUUCGACUUUACGGUGCUGAAGAACGUGUCUCUCUUACUUAUAAUGCUGAACGCUGCGUUGAUGAAUGUGGUUCUUGGGUUAUUACUGUUCCACCUUCCCGCUUAUGCAGUGUCCUCAGGAACGUCCGUUCACAAAGUUUCAUUGCUUCUUUCUCUCAUAGGAUUUACAGGUCUUUUCCUACGGCCUCUCUUUGGAGCAGCCAUGAAUCAUCCGGAUGUUGACAUGUGGACUGUUUUCAGCAUUUCACAAACGCUAGUUGGUGUCAUAAUGAUCAUAUCUCCGAUUUUUAUGACCGAUUUUUCUGGACAAGUGAUAUUUGUUUUGAUUUUCGGCACCUACACCACUCCUUAUUUCGCCGGAUUUGCAGCCAUGACGUUAGAGUGUGUGGAGUCCAAACACCAAGGGGCAGCACUGGCACUCUUCCAGUCUGGAUCAGGUGUCGGAUUACUCCUAGGACCUUUCAUUGGAGGUUGGGUGUAUUCUUUGACAGGGUCCUAUGCAUCAGGCGUGCAAUUUGCAGGCGGUUGCCUCCUGGUCAAUACUGUCGUCAUGUUUGCGUUGAAGCUUUCAUCUGGCAAGAAUUCCACAGAGAAAAUGGCAGAAGUAGGCAAACUGGAUCACGUGACUUCUGGCCGCGCCAAUUAUUGCCCGAGUGAACCCAUUGGCUCCACUGAGAAUGUUGAUUUUAGAAAUUCUCUAUGAAUGGUUAUUAUGAAAAUCAAGUAACGUAAGAAAGCUUUUGUGUCUGGAACAAACAACGGAUGCCUUAAGCAGUCGGUCUGGCAGACGUGUUUCCACAUGGCAGCUGUCAGUCAAUGAGUAAUGUGUUCACUGGUAGCCCGGAGAUGCCCAUAAAGACGUCAAAUAUGACUAGUUCUAUGUCCAAGCAACGUCUGGGAGUAAGAUAGUUUUA